AUGAGAGGAAAGAAGCACAAAACAUCUCCGGACGAUCCCAGUGAAGCAAGGAGGGUGCUGAGACUGCUGGAUAUUGUGCAUUACGGACCGGGGGCUCGGUGUCGGGCACAGCCGGCGGUGCCGAGGGAGCAGCGCCGGGGCCCUCGGGGCCGGGCCCGCCCAUCCCGGCGGAAGCAGCGGUUGCCGGGGAGCGGCGGGGCCGGGCCGGGCCCUCGGCUGCCGGCGGGCCCAGCCCAGCCCGGCCUCGCGGGGAGCGCUUCUCCGCGGCCUCCCUCGGUGAGUCCUCUCGGGGCGGCCGCGCAGGGCCCUGCCCUGCCCGGGGCCGCCCGCCUGGGCUCGGGAGCGGCGCAGGCCGGGGACGGCGGGAGCCGGGCCGGGAAGCGCCGGGCCCGGGGCAGGGGGAGGCCGCGGGUCCCCAGCACCGCGGGACUGCGCUGCUGGCAGCGCCCCCGAGCCCCGGAGAAGGGAGCCAGGAGCGUUCCCCCGUGCUGUCCGGCUCCGGCGGUGCCCGCUGUCGCUCAGCGGUGCCCGCUCUCAGCACGUGUUGAUCUCAGGGCUGGUGUUGCUCUCCCGUGCCAGCCCGGCCGAAGGAGCUGGGGCUGCCACACAAGCUCCGGCCUCAGCACGGGGCUCGUCCGUGCAUCCCGGAGGAAUCGCACGCGUUGA